AUGGGAGCCUUGUAUCCUUCUGAUGGGUUCCAACCGGACGAUCAGUCAAUAUCUGCUGUUGUAGACCAGUGUUUAGUUUCUAGACCGACUUUUCAAAGCGCACCUGACAGAUGUGGAGAGAUGCAUCAUUUGGUUGAUGUUGCCCCAUUUUCAAAUGAAUGUCGUGAUGCACCGGACACCGAAGAGACUGAAUUCUCCGAUGCAGUCUUCGAGUACAUAAGUCGCAUACUCAUGGAAGAAGACAUAGAAGAGAAGACAUGCAUGCUUCAAGAUUCUUUGGAUCUAUUGUCAGCUGAAAAAUCCUUUUAUGAGGUCCUCGGCAAAAAGUACCCGCCUUCACCUGAGCCAAGUCGCACGAAUUGCAUCACCUACAAUGACAAACACUCGAAUGACAGUCUCUUAGACGGCACUAGAUAUACUAGCACUAUUGGCAGUAGGAAAACCGGAUACUAUGCCAGUAUCGGUCAGGUUGAAAAUCCAAGCAAUUAUGGUACAAUGAGGUUUGAAAGAGAUAUUGGUCCACCGGCGUUUCAACCUAAUCAAGGGGGUAAUGCAGAGAGGCCUGACUUGUGUAGUGAGAGCCGAUUCGAACCACACGGAAAGAUUGACAAAGUGGACCGCCUCGGUGCAUUGAAGAGAAAAGAGAGUCUCCAUAUGGAGGAAGGAAACAUGGAAGAGAGAAGUAGCAAGCAGGCUUUUGUUCAUGAAGAAUCCGUACUUCGCUCAGAUGCUUUCGACGCCGUUCUACUUAACAUCCAAGGGGAGGGCCUGGCACAUCUUAUGAAUCUCCGUGCAUCGUUGAAGCACAGAGUGAACGAAAUCGCACACAAGAUCGAAGAGCCCAAAGGUGGCAGAGGUCACGGCAAGAAGAAAAGAGGGAAAGUGGAGGUAGUCGAUGUGAGGACGCUCCUCAUCCAAUGUGCACAAGCUGUGGCAUCAAAUGAUCAUAGGAGCGCAAAUGCUCUGCUGAAUGAGAUCAGGAAACACGCCUCGCCUUUUGGCGAUGGGACCCAGAGACUCGCUCACUACUUCGCUAAUGGUCUUGAGGCGCGGUUGGCCGGCACAGGCAGCCAGAUAUAUAGAGGCCUCGUCAAUAGGAAAACAACAGCAGCUGAUAUGCUGAAUGCGUACCACCUGUAUCUUGCAGCUUGUCCAUUCCAAAGAUAUUCUAAUACCGUCUCAUGCAGGAUGGUAAUCGAUACAGUGGCGGAUAAGAUGAGGAUUCACAUCAUCGAUUUCGGCAUUCUUUAUGGAUUCCGAUGGCCCACUCUGAUUCAGCGCCUUUCCCGGAGACCUUGUCCACCGAAGCUCCGGAUCACCGGUAUAGACCUGCCUCAACCCGGAUUCAGGCCCGCACAAAGAAUCAAGGAAACGGGUCGGCGCUUGGCAAAUUACGCUGAAAGUUUCAACGUGCCGUUUGAGUACAACGCCAUUGCGAAGAGGUGGGAGUUCAUAGAACUAGAGGAACUCAAGAUCGAUAGGGACGAAGUGACUAUAGUCAACUGCAUGUUCAGGUUCGAGAACUUGUUCGACGAGACCGUCGCGGAAGAAAGUCCGCGAGACAUUGUCCUCAACCUGAUAAGAAGAGCCCAGCCGGAUCUCUUCAUCCACGGUGUUAUCAACGGGAACUACAAUGCCCCGUUCUUCGUCACUCGGUUUCGGGAGGCUUUGCAUCACUUUUCUUCUUUAUUCGACAUGCUUGACACUAUAAUACCCUGCGAAAACCAGGAGAGGAUGCUGAUCGAGAAGGUUACGUUGGGGAGGGAGGCGUUGAAUACGAUAGCCUGUGAGGGAUGGGAGAGAGUGGAAAGACCGGAGUCGUACAAGCAGUGGCAAUUACGCAACAUGAGGGCCGGGUUUGUGCAGGUGCCCUUAAGCAGGAGGCUAGCGCAGUUCGUAUUCAACAAUAUCGCUUCGCGCUACCACAAAGAUUUCGUCGUAGAUGAAGUCGGCAAGUGGCUGUUGAUAGGAUGGAAGGGACGGUUUCUAUACGCCUUUUCUACUUGGAAACCGGCAUAG